AUGGGUUGGCUGCUGAAGAUCCUGGGGGCAUUUAUUAUGUCAGACAUAAGCAUAUCACUCGUCCCUGUAGAGAAAUGUCCAGAUGAAGUUCUGAUCCCUUUCUUCAGGAAGUGCACAUUCUCCAAGACUAAUGCACGUGUUUUUCAAAAGGCAGAAAACAUGGUUUUGGUACAUCUGGAGGUGAACACUGAUAGUAACCUCAAACCCCUCACCCUUGGUGAAUUCCUCAAUCAAUGCAAUACCCCAUGUUCAUUCGGCAAACCCAUCAUGAUUGGAGGCCACACUUGGUGUCAUCUCUCAUCUAUGGAAUUUUUUAUUUGGGUGAAGAGAGAUGAUGAACCACCAAUUAAUGUCUGUUCCAAAGAUCCUGUAGACAUGACCUUGGUGCCUGAGAUAGACAUAGAUGCAGUUACGGAAAUGCUCUCACAAGGACUGACCAAUAUCAGAAAUUCCUUUGUUGCUUUCCAGAAGAAGCUUGAGCCUAGCCUCAAUUGCACUGCCCUUACAGAAACCUAA